GCCAGACGACACCAAAUUCUACCAAAAAGACUAAUCUUUUUUCUGACCGACUCAGCUGUCUGCAUGGACUUUUUGUUAAUUCUUUAAUUUAAUAAGAUACGAGAACUCACUGAGUGGCAGAAAAAUUACAUCGCUACCGUGCACCGAUUUUGCUAACGUGCGCCGACCAGUCCGUCAACGGGGAUAUAUUACGUUUAUAUUUUGAUUGGUGAUUCCGAGUUCCGACCGGUAUAUAUCGGUCGGCGGCUGACUUGGUGAAACAGAAAUGGCCGAAGUUUCUAGAUUGAUUGCUCUGCUUUCUUGUUGUACCGUGCUCAGUGUAACCGUCUGUUGCUAAAUGAAUUGGAUUGGAUGACUACGUGAUCAGCAAGAUGAUGCUGUGCUGAACUGACAGCCAUAACUUUAAUUAUUGUAGUUUUUUGAUCCCUGUAGUGGAGCGGGAAGUAAUAGUAAUGGAAGUUCUUCAAUAACAGUUUUGGGAGAGCUAGGGUUGUAUUAGAACCCUAAUUUUUAUUUUUUUUUGUGUAAUGGUUAUGGAGAAGAAUGAGACUGUGAGGACAGGGGAUGGGUUUAUUGACAGGAGUAAAGUUAGGAUUUUGCUGUGUGAUAGCGAUGCCAAAAGCUCGGAGGAAGUUUUUACUCUCUUGUGCAAAUGUUCUUAUCAAGUGAUAUCAGUGAGGUCACCCAGACAGGUGAUUGAUGCAUUGAAUGCAGAAGGACCUCAUAUCGAUCUCAUCCUUUCAGAAGUUGACCUUCCUAUGUCUAAAGGAUUUAAGAUGUUGAAGCACAUUAUGAGGGAUAAGCAGUUGCGACACAUUCCAGUGAUCAUGAUGUCAUCGCAAGAUGAAGUCUCUAUUGUUAUUAAGUGCCUGAAAUUUGGAGCCGCUGACUACCUGGUAAAGCCUCUCAGAACUAAUGAGCUAUUGAACUUGUGGACACACAUGUGGAGAAGAAGGAGAAUGCUCGGACUAGUAGAGAAGAACAUCAUAAAUUAUGACUUUAAUCUGGUCGUAUCAGAGCCCAGUGAUCCCAACACAAAUAGCACUACUCUUUUCUCGGAUGAUACCGAUGAUAAGUCAUGGAAGUGUGUUAAUCCAGAAAUAUGUCCCUCUACUAUGCUGCAAGAAGAAGCAAGAUGCAAGUCUAAUGCUUCAACUGAUGCUGCUCCCAUAGAGACUGCGGUUGUAGUUCCAUUUGAACAUCCGCCUAAUGCACCAGGAACUGAUGAUCAAAGCACAGGAGAAAUUUCACUAUUUCCUAAGAAGAGUGAAUUGAGGAUAGGUGAGUCUUCCGCCUUUUCUACAUAUGUCAAGUCAAGCUUGCCGAAAAGCACUGGCCAAAGCCCAACCUCUAUCCGUGGAAGUGUGCCUCAGCAAUUGGGGAUUGAAGAAAACACUUCAUUGGGAGGACAUGAACACAUUGAUUCGAACAUACAAGUCACUGGAGAUGUAGAAAGUCACUUGCAAGGUGAUGGCUAUGACAAUAUUCCAACGUCUUUUACUAUCGAGAGGUCAUGUACUCCCCCUUUAUCACAGGAAUUUCCACACCACUGGAACUCAAAAAUGGAGGAAUUCUCUCAGGUGCAUAUGCAUCUCAAAAAUGAGGCUCAGCAUGAUGUUUCCAGUUUUCAUGCACAAACUCCUUAUCCCUAUUAUAUUUCAGGAGUAAUGAAUCAAGUCAUGAUGCCGUCAACUCAAAUAUAUCACGAGAGCCUGCAACAUCUCCAUAAUCAUGCUAAUUCAGCUAUGUUGCCUCAAUACAAUUAUAUGCCGCAAUAUCCUCAUAUGCAUGGAAUAUCAUCAUAUCCUUUCUACCCGAUCGGCAUGUGCUUACAACCAGGUCAAUUGCCAGCAGCACAUCCAUGGCAUUCGUUUGGCAGUUCAUCUUCUGCCGAAAUCAAGGUGAGCAAAGUUGAUCUUAGAGAGACAGCUUUGAUGAAGUUCAGACAAAAGAGAAAGGAAAGAUGUUUUGACAAGAAGAUUAGGUAUAUUAACCGGAAGCAAGUAGCAGAGCAGAGACCGCGUUUGAGGGGACAGUUUGUAAGGAAGGUCAAUGGUGUGAAUGUAGAUGUCAAUGGGCAGCCUUCUUCAGCAGGCAAUGACGAUGUUGAAGAAGAGGAAGUACAAAUAGAAUAUGUGGAUUCUUCACACGAGGAUGAUCUGUGAACAUGUCAGUUGAUUGCAACUUUGUGAUAGUUCUCUUGUAUUAUCAGAAUUCCCUGGGACGGAGAUGUACUAUAGCUCAUGGAUGAAUGCAGAAUAACGCCUUGAUCUACAUGCUCACAAAUGGCACAAGCUUGCUUUCAGCUGCCAAUCAAAGGCACCUGCGAUCUACAUGCAGCAUCGGGGUGCAAUGAGAUUGACCUGCUCCCUAUCGCUUUCAUUCCUGUGAUUUUGAGCUUUAAGUGGAUACUCUUGAGAGCACCCUGGACAUGAGAUCUCAUGUGUGGCAGGUACUAUGGUUUUGCCAUGUUAUGUUAUGUCCCUGGAAGUAAAAGUUGUUAGAUCCAUGUUCGAACGAGGGAAGUAGAGCCACAAUGCACUUUGACAGUGCAAAAAAGUAACGAGAUCACUGUGACAUUCCCCCUGAGGGAAGUUUCAUGAAGUUUACCAUAUGAAAUUAAAUGUAAUAGACUGAUCAUAUAGUAAUCUUCUGACACUUUGUUGUAAUGAUUAAGUUCAUAAUGCAACAUGUUAUUCAGCA